GUUUAUGUACGCUUAUCAUAUUAACAAAAAAUGAAAAAUAAAGAACGUUUUCCCUACAUGCAGUAUUCAAUAUGUCAGCUUCCAUGGACGUAUGGCUCUGUUGAAAAGUUCGUCACAAACAUCAGAAUAAUGAAAAAAUCAUUAUCUUUGUGUCGCAGUUAUUGCCAGCUGCUAAGACAAUGGGCGAGGUUUUCUUCACAGCACAGAACACAAGCAGGUUAUAUAAGAAGUUUUCCACAAACUGGUACCCUGCAGCAAGGUUGUUGUACCAGUCAGAUAUUGCAUCAUUGUAGGAUAGGAUCUUACAGACAGUACUGCACUACGGCAGAAGAAAUUGCAGAAGAGGAUGAGGAUUUGGUGGAAGUCCCAAGUUUAUCACUUCAUCAGAAAAGAACAAAUAUUCUCGCUAAAUUUAGAACAGAGCAUAAUGACCCUACAAAUCACACAAUUGAUGAUGAAGGAAUGUUUUAUAAAGUUCCUCAUGAUGAAUAUGAAAAGUAUGUACAAAAUAAACAGUGGCCAGGAUAUAACAAACAGGUGAAGAGUUUUCAAGAGAGUGUGAUCAUGGUUCGCCGACCAGCUCUGGAGGCCUUUGAUUUCAUUGAUAAUGCCAAUUUGGAUUAUCCACCAAUGAAACUUAUGUUCUAUGGAAAACCAGGAAGUGGGAAAACUAUGACAAUGGCACAUGUUAUUCAUCGCUAUGCUAAACUAGGCUGGUUAACUAUACAUUUUCCAAGUAUGAUUGAAUGGUUACGAUACAGAAAAACCAAGCCGCGAGAAUAUUCGAUGUCAUCAUACAAAGAAGGUCGCUUUGACUACACAGAUGAUGCUAUGGAAUGGCUAGGAUACUUCAAAAAACAGAAUGCACAUCUUUUACAAAAUAUUAAAACAACAAAAGAGUAUGUAUGGUCACAGAGGGAAAAAUCUUUGGAGGGCACAGAGUUGCUAGAUAUUAUUGACUUUGGUAUAAGUCGUAGGAAAUAUGCAUCUGAUUGUAUUGGUGUGAUCUUCAGAGAAAUUAAGUUGAAAGCUUCUGAAAAGCAGCUGAAGGUGCUUGUUGCAGUGGAAGGAGUCAAUGGGUUUUGGAAAAACACCACUAUAAAAGAGCAGAAACAACUGGUGUCGGCACUACAGGUGUCUACUUUCCAACAUUUUCUAAAACUGUUUCAGCCUGACUGGACAAAUGGUGUUUGUGUUGGAACAGUAUGUGCAGAUGUUGAAGCCUUAGAUACAGAACUGGAUAGACAUAAAACUCCAUACACUCCUCAUUCUCUCCUGAAAAAACAGGGUUUUGAGUUCAUGGAUCCAUUUAUACCAGUAUUAGUGCCAGAGUACAGUUCAAAGGAGGCUCAUAACUGCAUAGAUUACUACAUUGAAAGGAAAUGGAUCAUCAAACCUAGAGCAUUAACAGAGGAAGGAAAGAAAGAACUUAUGAUGCUCAGUAACAAGAAUCCCUUCAAAUUAAUGGAAAUCUCUACUUGGUGGUAACAAGUGAAUGGAACAGACAUGAUUGGGCAGUUUAAACUCGUUAGAUCACUAUAAAACAAUAUUUUUACCUGGACAAUGUGAUGAUGUUGUUGAUACAAAUUUAUUUUUGUUUAUGAGAUCAAAGAAUUAUGAGAUCAGGAUCCAAGGUUUUGAAAAAGUCUUAAAAGGCAACUUUGCCUUUGGUCGAUUUCAAGAUUGUGCUUAGAAACAGCCAGUCAGAUGUUGGUAUGUGUGCUAGUUUUGAUAAAAUAAGUAUUCUAUCCUCAAAUUCUGCAUCAUAGAAAGGUUUCCAUUCAAAUAUGCAGAGCUACCUGCAAUACAGCUGAUGAUAUGCAACAUCAGUAGUGGUGAUCUUUGAACAUUAUUUUCCUCAGGAGUUAAAUUUAUCUGUAGAUAAAAAUGUGUUCAUGUCAGACAUGAAAUACCACACAAACUGGUGUUAAUAAAUUGCGUUUGAAGUUUAAAAGAAUAAACAAAUUACCAGACAAAAA